CCCCAUACCGAUGCCCAGUCGGUCGUCCUGACGGGCUCCUUUGAUGCGUGGACCGCCUCCUGCCACCUCACCAAAACAACCACAGGCUUCAGCGGCACCGCCCAUGUGCCCUGGGGCGAGAAAACGAUCUACAAGUUCAUCGUCGACGGCACUUGGACUAUAGCCAACGACCAGCCCACCGAGACUGACGCCAGCGGCAACGUCAACAACGUCUACGUCGCUCCCCCGCACCCC